AUCUUUCAACAAACCAACAGGUAAGUAUUGCAUUUUACAUGGAUUGUUUCUGUUCUCACUUGUCAUGUCAAUACGGUCACACAGUAAUGCAUAUGUUGAAAUUUUUGUCCCUCUAAAGAAUACAACGUCUUCCACCCUCUGGGGGAAGAGGAAAGCUCCUCAAUAAUGAUCAAGAGCUUGCCAUUGUAGAAAUGGUUGUUGCAAAUAAUGCAAUAAAACUGCAUGAAAUUCAAGCUAGAAUUGUGGAGGACCAUGAGAUAUUUGACAAUAUCGAUAGCAUCAGCCUCACAACCAUUACACGGACAUUGUCCAAACACAGAGUGCGGAUGAAGCAGCUCUACACUGUUCCCUUUGAGAGGAACAGUGAGAGAGUCAAGGAGCUACGACAACAGUAUGUCCAGAGAGUUAUGGAAUUGGAGGCCAACCAGGCCCCUCAUGAAUUCAUAUACAUAGAUGAGGCAGGAUUCAAUCUGGCCAAAAGGCGUCGACGUGGACGAAAUAUAAUUGGAAAAAGGGCCACAGUUGAUGUGCCAGGACGGAGAGGGGCAAACAUUACCAUGUGUGCGGCAAUUGCAAAUGCAGGAUUACUCCAUCACAGAUGUCAGGUUGGACCCUAUAAUACCGAGCGCAUCCUUGCCUUUCUCAAUGAUCUCCACCAGCACCUGGUUCCAGAGCAGGAUCAGGAGGGUGAAAACAUGUGGACCUUUGUAAAUACCUGGGACAAUGUGGCUUUCCAUCAUUCGCAAGCAUGGAGGUGGAAGGUUUAUGACCAUCAGCCACAUGACCAGAUGUCCCUCCUUGAAGCCAUGGAUGCUGGCUGCAGGGACAUCCCAGUUCAUGACUGCCAAGGUGUGAGUCUGUGUUAA